UGCGCAUGCGCAGUUACUUUUCGUAACGUAUGGCGUAGCAGAAGUGCCAAAUGUAGUAAAACUCGUAGUUUUCAUGUGGGUUCCUAAAAUACAUAUUCUGAAAAUGAAUAUGUUAUAGCAGUGAGCAAAACAAUUCUGGGUUUAUUGCGUGCUUUAUUGUUUUUAACUUUAUAAAUGUGUACAAUCGAUCCUAAUGCGAGGAACUAGUUUCUUCUGGAAUUAUUUUGUUGCUGGACAAACAUGGAGACUCACGUUACCCGUGUGAAUCCAGAGGAAAAUGAAGAUCCAGGAGCUGCCGCUUAUGGAAACUUCAUCGAUUAUUACACCUUCAACCCGCCAGAGAACCGCCUGAGUUUGAUACCAGAAACAUUGCUUGAAAACAUCGGCCUCCGUUCUGUCAGCGGCGAACGCGUUUUAAUGCUGGAUGUGGGAUGUAAUUCAGAGGAUUUAUCUGUUGCUCUGUACAAGCAUUUAUUGCAAGAGGAGGCCUCUGGAUGUGUCUUUCCUAAAAUAAAACUGUAUUUGCUUGGAUUUGACCUAGACCAAGAUUUAAUUCAUCGGGCACAAAACUCCAACCCCUUUCCCCAGAAUAUCCAGUUUAUCCCCCUGGAUAUCACAGAUGAUGCAAAGAGCCAGGCAGUGCUAGAGUCCUAUUUGGGAAGUUUUGGCUGCCCCCGUUUCCACCUGUGCACCUGUUUUGCGGUGACUAUGUGGGUGCAUCUGAAUCACGGAGACGCAGCGUUUCUGUCUCUUCUCUCCAGACUGGCGUCUCUCUGUGAGUAUCUGCUGCUGGAGGCCCAGCCGUGGAAGUGUUACCGCUCUGCUGCACACCGGUUACGCAAACUGGGGCGCAGUGACUUUGACCACUUCAAGACCCUUGAGAUUCGAGGAGACAUGGCAGCGCAUGCUAGAGAGCAUUUGGAAAAACAGUGCAGCAUGGAGCUGAUGCAGAGUUUCGGUAAUACAACAUGGGACAGAAGUCUUCUGCUCUUCAGAAGAAGAUGAUAAAGAGCAACACAGUCGGGCAGAAGAUUAAUCUGUUAAGAUCAGCCCACAGUCACUUGUGCAUAUGCUGACUAUGGAUUGGCAUUAGAC